AUGCCAGAAAGCUUCGAAAUGGACGAACCUGAAACAAUCAAUGGUACACUAAAUGUAACGUUGGCCGGGUUAACAGACACGAAUCUGGGUCUUCUCAUGUGGUAUUUCAUUAACGGAAUAGCUGGGACCAUCAUCGCUGGGUCCGGAAUACUAGGCAACAUAACCGCAGCCGUUGUUCUGCUUCUGCCCGCUAUGAGGAAUUCCACUUCGAUGCUCCUUGUGGUAAUGGCUGUUUAUGACAUCAUCUUUUUGGUGCUUUUCGCCCUACUGCAGACUCUACCUCUGGUGUUUACCGCCAACAAUGUCUGCGUGGACUAUCUGCCUGUUCGGGUGUUUCUGUUCAAGUAUUUCUAUUUCGUAGUUCACAUAUGCCACAACGGAACUAUUUACAUGACUAUGUUGGUCACGCUGGAGAGAUCUUUAGUGGUGUUGCUUCCUCUACAAGCCAAACUUCUGUGUACCCAGACUCGGGCUUGCAUUGCAUCUUUGCUAGUUUUGGUAUGGUCCGUGAUUUACAGCAUCCCUCGAUGUUUGGAGUUCGUCCAAGAAACGAACAUAAGCAUGAAACUUACUGAAUACAGUGUGACCAAAUCAUCCUUUGGGAAGAGUUACUUUUAUAAUGUUGUGUAUCUGGUAUAUUUAAACAGUAUGUUUCAUUUUAUUAUACCGGUCGGCGUCAUUAUAAUUCUUAAUGUGGCGAUGAUGCAGAGACUAUGCACCAGAGGUAGAAGAACCAUCACCAUGGUCAGCUCACGAGGGGACAGCCAAAUACGUUUAACAGUCAUGAUUAUCGUUCUUACAGCCAUCUUCUGCGUCUGCCGCUUGUUGGCGGUCCUAGAAUUAAUCCUCUACCCAACAGAACCAUCCAGUUCCAUUGGGGUGGAGCAGUUCCAAAUAACUUGUUCCCUCACCUGUAACGUGGUGGUCGCUGUAGCUGAAACCAGCCCGCUGCUGAACUCAGCCACCAACUUCAUUGUCUACAGCAUCUUUGGGCGCAAGUUUCGCCGCAGUCUGUACAGUCUGUGCUGUUUCUGGAGCUGUUGCAGAAAGUAUUUAUGGCCUCAAAGUUUCUUACCCUCGUCCAACGUUCAGUCUGAUCAGCUACGAACUAUGCAUUCUUGA